GAAAUUUUUUCAACUAUUUCUCACAAUUUUCAUGGUUUUUUUUCAAUUUUUAUAUAUAUUGAUAAUAUUCCAAUAUUUCUAUUAAAAUUUUCGUGUUUUUGACUAUUAAUAUUUCCAAAAUCAUUGAUAUUUUAGACCUUUAUUUUAGUCUAUGAGUCUUGUUUUUGUGGGUAGAGUAGACUAGGUGGGUGGCCAAAAAACCAAACCGAACAAAUCGAAAAUAUUGAAUGGAAAGUAACCGAAAAAAAUAGAACUGAUCAAAUAAGUCAAAACCUGACCUGGACAAAAAAGUACUAGCAGGAGCAGGAGACUCAUUUGACGUGCUCAGAAAGGCGACUCUGGUGGGUUUAGUGAUAGGGAGCUUCUAGUUCUUCCCAAAAACAUAUCACACCCAGCAUAUUUUGAAUUUCACAUUACACCCCCCAGACCCCAAAAAAAAAAAAAAAAAAAAAACGAGUAUGAGUGUAGAUGAGUCAUUUUCUAGUGAGGGUGUUAUAUGGAUCAUUGAUGUGGACCUUCAUAUUCCUCUUAAUAAUAACUUUAUUUAAGUUUAAUAAAAUAAUCAUAUAUCUAACAUAAAAGUCGACACAAGGUGUCUAUACAUUGUGCCCUCACUAUAGAAUUUCGCCAAUAUGGAGUCAAAGAUUGGACCAGUUCCGGAUCCGAUUGUGAACUACAAAAACAGAAACGGUAUUUGUAAUCUAUUAAACCAACUAUUUUUAUAUAUUAAGCCCAAUCUCCUACAAAUAUAUUAAGCCCAACUUUAAACCUAAGCCCCUUAAAAAAGUUUUAAAGCCCAAUGUCCUCAAAAUAUAUUAAGCCCAUCAAUUAUUAAAUCACCCUAAACCCUAAACCAUAAACCUACCUCCCUCCCAUCAAACCACAUGCUAGUACUACCUCUCAUCUCUCUCAUCUUUUGUUCUUCCUUCUACUUCUCUCUCUCUCUCUCUCUCUCAUCUCUAAACCCUCCAACUCAGAGCAAGAGAAUACCAACCAAACUAAUAGAAAAAUUUAUGAGGAUACCAUUUAAGCAGUAGAAUUGGAAUUGAUGAGUGCUAGGCAAUGGGAAUUCCCUGAAGCUUGCUUUCAAUAAAUUAGUGUACAAAUUUGUUCAGAUUAGAUUCACGUCUGUUGUCUUUUCUUUUCAUGAAAAACUGUAUGCUUAUGAGUUAAUAGAUUUUUAAGCCAUUGAUGAUAUUCUUUAUAAUAUAUCCAUCUUCAACAACCCACCGAAGCCCAUAAAUAGAACGUAGUAAAAAUGUAAAUUGAAGUUCCAAGAAAGCUUAACCACGCCUAAAUAGAACGUAGUAAAGAUGUAAAUUUGGUAGAAACAACCACUGGAAGAUCUUGAUUUACUCUUAUGGAACGGUUUAGUUUUCAAGCAAACCACUUGUUUUGUUUGACAGGUUUAACUAAAUUGGUGAACAUGUUUGCCUAUUUUUCUUUUGCUUAUUAAAUUAUUAUAUAUCUAGUACUAAUGUGAUACGACGUACCUUUACCUCAGAUUAAUGGCCAAGAAGAGGUCGAGAAACAAAUCAUCGACACGUGCCAAUCCUUCAUCAGCACAACAAGGCACAUUAUCAUCGGCACAACGAGAUCCACAUACUGGUGUAUCAGCAGCAUGUGCCAAGCCAGUAGCUCUGCAAGCUGAUCCUAGUCCCUUAUCGGCACAGACAGCUGCUAGUUCAAUGGAACGUACAUGGGUAAGUUUUUUCAAACCCAUACAGCAAGGCCCAUCAUCAUCGGCACAACGAGAUCCACAUAGUGGUGUAUCAGCAGCAUGUGCCAAGCCAGUAGCUCUGCAAGCUGAUCCUGGUCCUUUCUCAGCACAAGAAGGGUCAUCCUCAUCGGCACAGACAGCUGCUGCUUAUGAGGCAAGUCUAUCAGUGGCCAACACAACUGCUGCUCCAGCACCUGCACAACGAUUGUAUGCUCGAUGUCUCUUAAAAGAGUUCUCGAAGAACCGUCAUCAAUGGGAUGAGGAGCAGUCCAAGCGUGGGUUUCAAAACAUACUUCGAAGUCUCGCAGGGAAAGUUGCUCAUUUGGGGUCUAAAGGCAUAGCACAUGGGCGCUUGACUGGUGAAAAUAUCUUAGUUAUUGGCAAUAAGGCUGAGAAUCUGGAGGUUGAGAUUUUGGAUACCCCUAAAAAAUACAACCGGGCCUUGCCAAGCUAUCGUGAACAAUUUCGAACAUUGGCAUCAAAAAUGGUUGAUGCAUGGGAAGCUACUUGUCCCUUGGCGUCAAAGCAUUUUCUCAAAAUGCUAGAACAUUGCAUACCUUGGUUCUAUUUUAAGCAACUACAAUGGCAUCCCCUACUAUUAUCGUCUAAUGAAGUAGCCAUGUUUAUAUUCCAUCUCUAUACACAUCUUGACGUUGAGAAGAAAGGUUGGAAAAAGGAUUACAAAAGGCUUAUAGCGAGAGAAAAGGUUGACUUUGGUGAAAUCAUUUCUGGAACUUUUCGUGGUGCCUUUUCUUUCGCUAAGGUUUACAGUUAUCCACGAGUUGUAUACGACCCAAAUGCGCAAGGGGCACUCAUGUUUUUCAGACAUGCACUCGUUCAUGUUAAUGACUAUAUCUACAAGGCCCUCGAGAAGGAAAAUGUGAAACCAGAGGAAAUAGCAGCAGAUGCACUUCUGACACAAGAGGAAAUAGUGAAUACACUCGUUCACUUCUUCCCAAAAGUGCCCCUAGAGUUAUUCAAUUACAUGCUUUAUAAGGGCAUUGACAUAAAUGCUGUAAUUUGAGAGGAUGUGAUACAUAGAGAGCUUCAAAUCUGGUAAACGUAUUAUUUUGUUUAGUUGAGUGGUUUACUGUAAUUUGCGUACCGCUCUUUCAUUUUCUAGUAAUUUCUAUCAUUUUUAGUUUUGGGUGUUGAAUUUCAUAUUUUCUUUGUUUUAUUAUUAUUAUUAUUUUUUUCUGAAUGAAGUAGUAUUACAUCUCAUUUGUUGGUAUAUUCUAUACUCACAAACCAGCUAUAUAUAUAUAUAGAGAGAGAGAGAACAUUUUAACACGAAAUAGGGUGACUUGGAACUUACCUAGC